AAAGGCGCGGAGGAGGAUGUUGAAGAGAAGAUGGAGAAGGAGGAGGAGAAGCCGCUGACGGAGCCGUGGGAGAAGGAUUACAGGAUUCCGCCAGUACGUACGCGCUGCACUACGACCUGUUCCUGCACCCGAACAUGGAGACGGGGCUGUUCACAGGGACGGUGGACAUAUUGAUCAGGGUGUCUAAGAAGCGCAGCCACCUGGUCACCCACUCCAAGUUCCUCAACAUCACGCGCACUAGCCUGACGAGACCCGGCGGUGACACCGUGAAGGUGAAGCGGGCGUUCGAGUACGAGCCGAACGAGUUCUGGGUGGUGCAGACGGGUCAGCCCAUCUCGCCGGGAAACUACACGCUGUCGUUGGAGUUUAGCGGUAACCUGACCCGCUCCAUCACCGGGCUCUACCGGAGCGUCUACACUAACGGAGACACAGGGCAGAAGAGGUUCAUCGCCACGUCCAAGUUCCAGCCGACGUUCGCGCGACGUGCGUUCCCCUGUUUCGACGAGCCCAGCUUCAAGUCGACCUUCAGUACGACGCUGGUUCGGCCCAGCGGGGAUGGCUACAUCGCGCUCUCCAAUAUGCCCGUCGAACGCGAGGAGGCUGACAUGCCGUCUCAGGGGCUGACCAAGGUGCACUUCAAAAAGUCGGUCCCCAUGGUUACCUACCUGGCCUGUUUCAUCGUUUGUGACUUCACUUAUCAAGAGCGCGUCACGAACCAUGACGUGGUGUUCCGCGUGUACGCUGCGCCGGACCGAGUGGCCUCCACGCAGUACUCGGCCGACGUGGGCGCCAACAUCACCGACUUCUUCGAGGACUACUUCGGCGUCAAGUACCCGCUGCCCAAACAGGACAUGAUUGCCAUUCCCGACUUCGUAUCGGGCGCCAUGGAACACUGGGGCCUCAUCACGUAUCGGGAGACGAACCUGCUGUACAGCCCCCGCUCGAGCUCGUCGUACAACCAGCAGCGGAUCGCCGCCGUGGUGUCCCACGAGCUGGCUCACCAGUGGUUCGGCAACCUGGUCACACUCAACUGGUGGAACGACCUGUGGCUCAACGAGGGCUUCGCCAGCUACAUCGAGUACAAGGGCCUGGCCCACGUGCACCCCGACUGGGACGCGGAGGCGCACCUGCUGCCCGACGACCUGCAGCGGGUCAUGGACCUGGACGCCACUCUCAGCUCACACCCGAUCGUCCAGCCGGUGGACACCCCUGACCAGAUCACCUCCAUCUUUGACGCCAUCUCUUACGCCAAGGGUGCCUCCGUCCUGAGGAUGUUGGAAGGAUUUAUGGGCGACGAGGAGUUCCGACAGGGCAUCUCCAACUUCCUAAAGCGCUUCGCCUACGACAAUGCCGUGACGCUGGAUCUAUGGAACGAGCUGAGCAAGGUAUCGUCCAAACGUCUGCCCAUUUCCAAAAUAAUGGACACAUGGACCCGUCAGAUGGGUUUCCCUGUACUGGAGAUGACGCGAGGCGCCGGCGGGGCCACCUAUACCGUCACCCAGAGACGGUUCCUGGCAGACAAGGAGGCAGAGGAUACCACCAAGAGUCCGUACAACUAUCGCUGGGAGGUUCCCGUCACAUACGUUACAUCGGAAGACCCGAAACCGAAACAAGUUUGGUUCCAUACGGAUCAAGACAGUAUCGAGAUUCCGGCGAUACCAGGCGGCUGGACCAAGGUGAACUCCGAACAGCGAGGCUACUACCGCGUCAACUACGACAGAGACGGCUGGGCGGCACUGACCUUCGCACUGCUCACCGACCAUGAGGUGCUGCCCGCUACCGACCGGUCGUCGCUCAUCAACGACGCGUUCGCGUUGGCCGGCGCUGGCCACGUGUCCUACAGCGUGCCCCUGCGUCUGGCUUCGUACCUGAGCUCCGAGCGGCACUACAUUCCCUGGAAGACGGCCGUGGACGAGCUGACCGGGCUGCAGUACCGGCUGCGCUACACGGAACUGUAUGGAGACUUCAGGAAAUAUAUUCUGGAGCUGGUGGGACCUCACUUUGACUCGCUGGGAUGGGAGGACGUCGGAUCUCACCUGGAAAAACGGAACCGCGUACAGCUUCUGAAAGCCGCCUGCCGCGCUGGCCAUCCCGGCUGUCUGCAGGGCGCCGCCGACGCCCUGCAGCAGUGGCUCGACGACCCGCAGCACUACAUCUCGCCCAACCUGCGGUCGCUGGUCUACAAAUACGGCAUGGAGCAAAUCAACUCUGCUGAUGCCUGGGACAUUACGUGGAGUCGCUAUAUCAACGAGAACAACUCUCAGCAGAAGAACAAACUGGUCAACGGCCUGGCGGCGGUCCGCCAGCCAUGGCUGCUCAGCCGGCUCCUGAAUCUCGCCAAAAACGAGAGCUACGUCCGCUCGCAGGACUUUUUCACGCUGUGCUCGACCGUGGCCGCCAAUCCGGUGGGAAAUCCAAUCGUCUGGAACUUCCUACGGGCUGAAUGGGAGUCGUACCUGGUGCCGCGCUUCUCGCUCAACGAACGCUACCUGGGCUUCAUGGUGCCGCGAAUCACGCGCCAUUUCGACACGCAACUCCAGCUGGACGAGAUGCGCCAGUUUUUCGCGCGCUACCCGGAGGCGGGCGCCGGCGAGAGGUCGCGUCGUGAGGCGCUCGAGACCACACAGGCCAACAUCAACUGGCUGAAAAACCACAGGGAUGAGCUAGCUAGGUGGCUGGCUGAGCGAAGCUGAACGCGACGCGGACCCUCAGACGAUUGUCGAAUCCACCGCUAAUAGAGUGAAUCGCAUUCUUUGGCUCUCGGUGAUCAGAAAAAUAACUCAACCGGUUGUAUGUGAGCCGUUAGGAUAGGGCAGCCCAUCUUGUCCUUUGCAAAAACUGUGCCUGAUUUGGUUCCACAGUCGUCAGCUCAGAAAUAGGCAGCUCGUUUCACCAAUGUAUAUUUUACGUCAUUUUAGACGGCGUGCCCGUAUGCGCAGCUGUUUGCAUUUGUGCCAAUACGUUUUGUUUGUUAGUUCGUGGAAGCGGUCGGAUGAUUGUGGUCUGAUCAGUACCUAUGUAGCCUGUGUGUGUGCCAUAGUGCUGUACGAGUGUUUACUAACGCGUCCGUGGGUUUUUAUCAGAGGACAUUGCAAUAAAGCGAUGGUGUAGUAA